AUGGCUUGGUGUGACCGCGGGGUUCAAACGCUGCUGGCCACCGUGGGGGCUUUCGCUGCCUUCAGCCUGAUGACCAUCGCCAUCGGCACGGACUACUGGCUGUAUUCGCGAGCGUACAUCUGCAACGGCACCAAUGCCACCACAGACGAGACCCAGUCGCAGCCCAAAACCAAGAAGGGCGAUCUCACCCACUCCGGGCUGUGGAGAAUCUGCUGUAUCGAAGGUAUCAAUCAAGGCAGCUGUUACCGAAUCAACCAUUUCCCUGAUGACAACGACUACGACACAGACAGCUCUGAAUAUCUUCUGCGUAUAGUUCGUGCCUCCAGUGUGUUUCCCAUCCUCAGUACCAUCCUGUUGAUGCUGGGCGGGUUGUGCGUCGGGGUGGGCCGAGUCUACAACAAGACAAACAACGUCCUCCUCAGUGCAGGCAUUCUCUUCGUAGCUGCAGGUCUGAGCAACAUAAUUGGCAUCAUCGUCUACAUCUCGAGCAAUGCAGGAGACCCCAGUGACAAACGUGACGAUGACAAGAAGUACACUUACUCCUACGGCUGGUCCUUCUACUUUGGCGCCCUCUCCUUCAUUGUGGCUGAAACUGUGGCCGUCCUUGCCAUCAACAUCUACAUUGAAAAAAACAAGGAAGUCCGCUGGAAGGCGCGGCGCGAGUUUAUCCGUUCGCUCUCGUCCUCCUCCCCGUACUCGAGGAUACCGAGCUUCCGCUACCGCCGACGGACAUCGCACGCCAGCUCUCACUCUACAGAGGCGUCUCGGGAGAACUCACCGGUGGUCGGCCUGAAGGGAGCGCCAUCUUCCAGCGGCCCCCUGGACGAGCUGUCCAUGUACGCCCUGGCGAGGGACAGUGUGACGGAUAACACAUACAGCCCUGAACAUGAGGCGGCAGCUGAGUUCCUCCAGGUUCAUAACUGUUUCCCUAAUGAUCUAAAGGACGGGGUGAAUCGCAGGACCACACCGGUGUGAGUGGCAUACAGCUGGGCUCGAGGUUCACCUGGAGGAGGAUGAACAGGAAAUGAUGAGUGGGCUGGCCUGCUGGAGCCUGAGUGCUUGCGACAGCCUGCCAUUUUAGAGGCACAGUUUUCAGAGAGACAGUCCUUUUUGAAAAGACCACAGAGAGAAGAGGGGACAGUCAGCCAGAGAGAGAAUGAGCCAUUCAAGAGAACCUGAUUAUUUUACCUGCUUUUUAGAGACCAUCAAAGCAGAAUAGAGUUACCAUUGUCUGUGCUGUAGCCAGUGCGAAAUUAGUGUUAUCUUUCAACUGUGUUAAAAUGCUUAAAUGAGCAAUGUGUGGAUCAUGACCUUUGUUUGUGUAAUGGUUGCUACACAUCAUGGGCAAACUUGAGGAUGAAGUGUUGAGGUGUGCCAAUCAGCUGUAUUCUACCUAUAAAUUAUUUAACAAGGUGCUAAAUGAAAUGUACUCUUCAACUUGAAAGUGUUCCAUUUGUGCGUGUAGUCAAAGUGUGGACCUCUCUCCAGAGUUUCUGUUGUGUCCUCAUAACCAGUUUGCUUGCCUUAUACUCACAGGUUUGAAAGAGACAACAGCCCCUCCCCCUUUCAGCUCUGUCUCUCAGAAUAAUGUAUGGCCUUUUAAAGAAACCCAAAUUAUAAAUAUUUUUCAAACAUUUUUCCACUGGUUUGGAAGUCAGUGUCUUAACAAAAUGUUUGACUUGCUGAGUUGUAAUAUAGUGGACGUUAAGUACUUUAGCACAUUUGUACAAGUGGACCAUCCAGUCCUCCAAACAACAUGAAAGGUUUUGUCUCCCUCGCUGCCUCUUCCUUAAUCCUAUUUUUCUCUGACAUUUGUCAGUGGAACAAAAUGUUCGUGGUGUCAGUGGAACACCUCUGUUCAAUGGUCCCUUUUUAUUCACUUCCAUAUCAGUCCGCCGUCCUUCCAUCACAAGCCCCCGAUGGAUGUGACAUUGUGUACGUGCCUGUCGCAAGAGAGGAGCAGCUGACAAAAAGAGGGUGCCCAGAACUGUGAAAAUGGCACAGGUCAGGACUUCCUUUUGCUCUGAAUGCAGCCCGGCAUCCAGAGUGUUAAGUGGAUAAGGAUCUGAGUCAGGCAGAGAAUGCAUGUCUGUCUAUCACGCCGCUUGUGAGUCCAUUUGGUUGCCUUCCUCCCUCCCCCCCAUGUCAAACAGAAACUCCAGACAGAGGCAGAGGGAGCUGUCUGCGACUAUAUCCCUGAAGGAUUUGUCUCUAAUAACCAUACAUGUGUGUCUACUGUCAUCCUGCACGUCCAUCUCUGCUCUGUCUUUUGGUUUUCUCAGGAAAUACUGUGUUGUUGUGGCAGGUUGGCCGCUUUUGAGGUCCUCUCCUUGCUUUGUGGCAGUGCUGGGAAAUGGACCGGUGAUAAAGACAAACCUGGUGAAAAUAAUUUGGAGAAACAAAAUGCCAUUAUUGUAUUUAGAAAAUGCUGUGAGGGUUUGCUUGAGCUUGCUCCAAGAACCAGCUGGCGUGGGUUUUUCCAGUCUUAGGGCUAUUCAGUUGGUUCUGGUUUGGCAAGCGAGCUCACUCAACCACAGAAUAGUAUUUGAUUGUAUUUAGUGUGCUUGAUAUUCCAUUAGAGAUACCACUUCAUGUACCAGACUGGGCUCAUGUAAGAGAAAGCCAUCAGUAUGAUCUGUUCUGAGUGUAGAUCUUAUGCUUUUAUAUUACAGUGUUGGGGGGGAAAAAAAUCAAAUGUGUUUGUUUGUAAUGUAAAGCUGUAAAGUUGUAUAUAAAAGUACAAUAAAAAAUACAAAAAAAAAAAAAAAAAAAAAACAUUGAAUGUUCAAAGACAUUAACAGAGGCUUCAAAGCAUUAUUUUACUGAACAAUGUCUCAUUAAUAAUGCCUUGAUGCAUUCUGGCACUGGUCAUACAGUUACAUUUACCAUUUUAUAUUCAGGUAAACACACUCCGGAUUUGCUGUUAUCAGUUAAUUAACCUAACUAUUGAAUAUUCUGUUUUGUAAGGUGACGUAUAGUAAGUACAUUUAGGAGAAGAAACUAUAUUUUCUAUGCCAUGUGUAUGUGGCAACUGUACUUUACUGUAUGUGCUUAUAUUGAUUAAUGGCUUACUAUUGUUGUGAAACAAGCACAUCAUUUUUUUUUUUCCAAGAAAUUAACUGUAAACAUUUGAGCGGCGAUGUUCAGAAGGGAAUGGUGCUAAUUGGAUGAGUUGGGUAAUAAAAAAAUCACAAGGAAAGAAACUGAGGCAAUUGUUGUGUUGUAUCAAAAAAAUGAAUUCCUUGUCCUAGAUACAGAAUGUUUCAAGUACAAACUCACUGAUUUUGCAUCACUAUUAAAGGUAUUUUCAUUUUUUGAUAUUGGAUAGUAGAGUGCCUUUGUUUUAUUUAUAAUAAAUUCU